ACCAACCAGCCGUCAAGAUGUCCGACUCCAAGUAUUUCACCACCACCAAAAAAGGAGAAAUAUUUGAGCUGAAGGCCGAACUGAACAGUGACAAGAAAGAGAAGAAGAAGGAGGCGGUCAAGAAAGUGAUUGCAUCCAUGACCGUUGGCAAGGAUGUCAGCGCUCUUUUCCCCGACGUGGUGAACUGCAUGCAGACGGACAACCUGGAGCUGAAGAAGCUGGUUUACCUGUAUCUGAUGAACUACGCCAAAAGUCAGCCCGAUAUGGCCAUCAUGGCGGUCAACACCUUCGUUAAGGACUGUGAAGAUGCAAACCCCCUCAUCCGAGCCUUGGCCGUCCGUACGAUGGGCUGCAUCCGAGUUGACAAGAUUACCGAGUAUCUUUGUGAGCCGUUACGGAAAUGCCUGAAGGACGAGGACCCGUAUGUACGCAAGACGGCUGCCGUCUGUGUGGCGAAGCUGCAUGACAUCAAUGCCCAGCUGGUGGAAGACCAAGGAUUCCUGGAUACGCUGAAAGAUCUCAUUUCAGACUCCAAUCCAAUGGUGGUUGCGAAUGCAGUUGCGGCCCUAUCGGAGAUCGCCGAGUCCCACCCCAGCAGCAAUCUCCUCGACUUGAACCCGCAAUCCAUCAACAAGCUGCUGACCGCUCUGAAUGAAUGCACCGAAUGGGGGCAGAUCUUCAUCUUAGACUGCCUGGCCAACUACAUGCCCAAGGAUGAUCGUGAAGCUCAGAGCAUCUGCGAACGGGUGACCCCACGGCUGUCCCACGCCAACUCGGCCGUGGUCCUUUCUGCCGUGAAGGUGCUGAUGAAGUUCACCGAGAUGCUCUCGAAAGACCUAGACUACUACGGGACUUUGCUGAAGAAGCUGGCCCCCCCACUGGUCACCCUGCUCUCCGCCGAACCGGAGCUGCAGUACGUGGCCCUCCGGAACAUCAACCUGAUUGUGCAAAAGAGGCCUGAAAUUCUCAAGCACGAGAUGAAAGUCUUCUUUGUGAAGUACAACGACCCCAUCUAUGUCAAGCUGGAGAAGCUGGACAUUAUGAUCCGCCUGGCCUCCCAGGCCAACAUCGCACAGGUGCUGGCCGAAUUAAAGGAAUACGCCACGGAGGUAGAUGUGGAUUUUGUCAGGAAAGCUGUCCGGGCCAUUGGCAGAUGCGCCAUUAAGGUUGAGCAAUCCGCGGAGCGCUGUGUGAGCACGUUGCUGGAUCUCAUCCAGACCAAGGUCAACUACGUGGUGCAGGAAGCGAUUGUGGUCAUCAAGGACAUUUUCCGCAAGUACCCAAACAAGUAUGAAAGUGUGAUCGCCACUUUGUGCGAGAAUCUGGACUCCCUGGACGAACCGGAAGCCAGGGCCGCCAUGAUCUGGAUCGUGGGAGAAUACGCCGAGCGCAUCGACAAUGCGGACGAGCUUCUGGAGAGCUUCCUGGAGGGCUUCCAUGAUGAAAGCACCCAGGUCCAGCUGCAGCUGCUGACGGCCAUCGUGAAGCUCUUCCUGAAGAAACCCACCGAGACUCAAGAGCUGGUCCAGCAAGUGCUGAGUCUGGCCACACAGGAUUCGGAUAACCCCGACUUGAGGGACAGGGGCUACAUCUACUGGCGCUUGCUCUCCACGGAUCCCGUGGCGGCCAAGGAAGUGGUCCUGGCCGAGAAGCCUCUCAUUUCCGAGGAGACAGACCUGAUCGAGCCCACCCUGCUGGACGAGUUGAUCUGCUACAUCGGCACGCUGGCCUCGGUCUACCACAAGCCCCCCAGUGCGUUUGUGGAGGGGAGCAGGGGCGUCGUCCACAAAAGCCUCCCUCCCCGGACAGGCUCGAGCGAAAGUGCAGAGAGCCCAGAUGUUGUGGCAGCUGGAGUGCCGCCUUCGGAGCAACCGGCCGUCAUCCCGACCCAGGGGGAUCUGUUGGGGGACCUGUUGAACCUUGAUCUCGGACCCCCGGUCAGCAGCCCUCCGAUAGCCACAUCAUCGGUGCAGAUGGGAGCCGUGGACCUUCUUGGCGGUGGCUUGGAGAGUCUGAUGGGAGCGCCCAGCUUUGCGGCCCCCAGUACAGUCAUCCCCUCAAACCUGGGAGGACCCCUCGGAGGGGGGCUGGGAGACCUCUUUGACCUGGCUGGAGGUGUCAGCAACCUGUCGGGCUCCUACGUUAUUCCCAAAACCGUGUGGCUCCCGGCGGUAAAAGCCAAAGGCCUGGAGAUCUCAGGAACGUUCAGUCGCCGGGCAGGCUCCCUCUCGAUGGACCUCACGUUGUCCAACAAAGCCUUGCAGGUCAUGUCGGACUUCGCCAUCCAGUUCAACCGGAACAGCUUCGGUUUGGCCCCCGCUGCCCCUCUGCAAGUCCACACCCCUCUCGCCCCCAACCAGAAUGUGGAGCUCUCUCUUCCCCUCAACACCGUUGGUUCAGUCAUGAAGAUGGACCCCCUGAAUAACCUCCAGGUGGCUGUGAAAAACAACAUUGACGUGUUCUACUUUAGCACCCUGUAUCCCCUGUACAUUCUCUUUGUGGAAGACGGGAAAAUGGAACGGCAGAUGUUCCUGGCCACGUGGAAGGACAUUCCCAAUGAGAACGAAGCCCAGUUCCAGAUUAAAGAGUGUCCGCUUAGCGCAGAGGCCGCGAGCAGCAAGCUGCAAGGUAAUAACAUUUUCACCAUCGCCAAGAGGAACGUGGAAGGGCAGGACAUGCUGUACCAGUCGCUCAAGCUCACCAACGGCAUCUGGGUCCUGGCUGAGCUGAGAAUUCAGCCCGGGAGUCUGAACUUCACGGAUCUGGAGCUCUCCCUGAAGUGUCGCGCCCCGGAAGUUGCUCAGCACAUUUUCCAAGCCUAUGAAACCAUCCUGAAAAACUGAAGCCGCCGUUCUUCCUUCCCCCAAAGCGGCGGAGACCGAUGGGGACCAAGUCGUGAAAAAC